AUGUCAGGCUUUUUCCGUCGCAUCUAUGAGUAUCUGCUCAGCCUCUUCUGGCUGACAGAAAUGGAUAUCACGAUGAUCGGGCUACAAAAUGCCGGAAAGACUUCCUUGCUGCGGGUUCUAGCUGGUGGGGAGUUCACCAUCGAUUCAAUCCCCACAGUGGGUUUCAAUAUGAAAAGGGUACAAAAAGGUCACGUCACUUUAAAAUGCUGGGAUCUCGGCGGUCAACCCCGUUUUCGCUCAAUGUGGGAGCGCUAUUGCCGGGGUGUUAACGCUAUAGUCUUCAUCGUUGAUUCUGCCGAUACAGAGUCCCUCCCAAUAGCUCAAGAGGAGCUUCACAAUCUCCUCCAGAAGCCGAUUCUCGAUGGCAUACCUCUGCUAGUCCUCGGCAAUAAAUCCGACCUCCCCGAUAAAAUCGGCGUGGACGACUUGAUUGAGGCAAUGAACCUAAAGGAUAUCACCAACAGAGAAGUCAGCUGCUACGCUAUAUCAGCCAAAGAGGAAACGAAUUUAGAUGCAGUUCUGAACUGGUUAAUUGCCAGAGCGAAAAAAUGA